AGCCAACUUUGACGUCAUUGGGCCUCAGGCUCCUAUUCUGGCCAUGGCUGGGGGACAGGUGGAGCUGCAGUGCCAGCUGUUCCCCAGUGUCAGCGCUGAGGACAUGGAGCUGAGGUGGUACAGGUGCCAGCCGUCCCUGGCUGUGCACGUGCGUGAGAGAGGGAUGGACGUGGAUGAAGAGCAAGUGCCACAGUACAGGGGAAGGACCACCUUCGUGAACGACCACGUGGCAGCUGGCAAGGCCACCGUGAGGAUUCACAGCGUCACCGCCUUCGACAAUGGGACGUACUGCUGCCGCUUCCAGGAUGGAGCGGAGUUCGGGGAGACCGUGGUGCAGGUGCAGGUGGCAGGGCUGGGCACGGAGCCCAGAAUCCAGGUGAUGGCCAGGCAGGAUGGAGUCAGGGCGGAGUGCACGUCGGCAGGCUGGUUCCCUGAGCCCCGGGUGGAAUGGAGAGACUUCAGGGGCCAGGCGAGGCCUGCUGUGACAAAUCUCUCAGCUUCAGCCACCACCGGGCUCUGGGCUGUGGCGUCCAGCUUGACCCUCUGGGACAGGGCUGUGGAGGGUCUCUCCUGCUCCAUCUCCAGCCCCCUCCUCCCCGAGCAGAGGAAGGUGGCUGAAAGCCGCCUGCCCGGUGAGUGCUCUCUUCAGGUCUGUCCUCACAAUCCCUGA